AUGCUAGUAGCCGGUCUAGUAUUGGACUUCGCUGCUCCUCCAGAGAGAAGUUUCCGAGUGGAGACUUCCGCUUCGUCUCUGGUGUGGAUUGCCAACAUCACCAACAUGUCUCUGAUGAGCGCCGUCGGCAUACUCGCCGCGCCAUCUCGCAUUAAGUGCAUCAUGAAUGUACUGACUGCAGUUAAAAAGAUGAAAAAAACUAUUGGCAACUAUAGUUUGCAUAACAAAGUUAGGUGUGACGGAAAAUUGCGUGUAUAUUGCAUGUUCCUGAUUGUGGCUAAUAUUGUGCUCAUAUUCGGUGACAUCUUCAAAUACACAGACAAUGCUAUUGAAUACGAGAAAGAUGUAAGAGUAUUGGUGUUAUACACGGCCUUCUACUACGAGUACCUAUGUUUCACGUUGUUCGCGUGCCAGUUUAUAGUGAUCGCGUCCGAGGUGCAUAGCGUGAUGAUGAUGAUUACUGAAUGUUUGGAGAAAUUGUUAUAUACUGUGAAUGCAAAUCGAAAGUACACGGGCAAGCUGGAACCGGUCAUGCACGACCUGGCAACCGUCUUCGGGGAGUGCUGCGACCUGGUGCGCGACGUCAACGACGGCUUCGGUCUCCAGCUGCUGCUGGUGCUCAUGAACUACUUCUUGGAGUUGAUCGUGACGCCGUAUUAUCUGAUGAGCGCUUUAUACAUGCCAGCAGCGCGGCGUGACUUGUCGUACGUGAGCCUGCAGGUGGUGUGGGCGGUGUACCAUCUCGUCUGCCUGUUGGCGGUCGUGCAGCCCGCUUACUCCACACAACUGCAGAUAGAAAAAACUGAGCAUCUUGUCAGCCGCUACCUACGGCACUUCAAGCCAUACGAGCCGGUAUACAGCGAGCUGGAGCGGUUCACGAGACAGCUCGUCUUCAACAAGCCAAGCUAUUCGCCUUUGGGAGUGUGCACGCUAUCCCGACAGCUGUGUGUGUCCGUGGUCACAUUUGUGAGACAUUCCCGUGACGACACAAAUUGGUACCUUAAGAGGGAACGCUAG